AUGUCGCUCAAACGAAAAGCCCUCGAAGAUGGGAGUGCGAGAUCCUCCAAGCGCUCCACGCCCGCACCGUCCACUCCUAUGAGCAUCGACAGCGAUGAUGACUUUGAAGGUUCAGACGCACGCUCGCAAGAUGCCAGCGACAGCGAGAAAGAGCAUAUCCGAAAGGCCAGAGCCAGGCUGGAUUUCAGCUCGUUUCAAGGGCCCAAACACAAACAAGUGUCCUCCAUAUUCGGCGAUAAAGACUUCUCCUGGCUGUCCUUGAAGCCCGAUCACGAGAAUCGACCGUUAUGGAUAGAUCCGAAUGUCUCGAUGGGGUCAAAGAAAGGUCCCAAGAUCACGCUUGAGAGUUUCUCUCCGUUGGCUGCCCAAGCCACGGAUCUGCUUACUACAAUCGCAGAGCCACAAUCGAGACCGACAUUUCUUCACGAAUACAGAUUCACGGAGCAUAGCUUGUAUGCCGCCUUAUCGGUAGGUCUACGUGGUGAAGAUAUAAUCCGUGCUUUAGAAAAGCUUUCGAAAACUCCCGUCCCUCAAACCGUGAUCGAUUUCAUCAAUAGGCACACCAAGACAUAUGGCAAGGUUCGGCUAGUCUUGCGUAACAACAAGUUCUACGUCGAGUCCGAUGAACGCGAGAUCAUAGAUAUGCUACUACGAGAUCCGGUGGUUGGACCAUGCAAGGCCGCCGGCACUGAGGUCCAGGUGGGAAGAAUCCAGACAAAGGCCACGGUGAUCCAGGGCACUAGCAAUGCAAAAGGAAUGAAACAAGCCGACCCUGGCAAUGUGGAGGUGCCUCGAGAUGAUCCGAGCAAGGAGAAUGAAGCCAUGCUUGCUGCCCUUCGGGAUGAGGAGGAUGAAGACGCUUACAAAGAAGCACCGAACUUCGAAAUUGCUGCGAACAAGCGUGAUAUGGUUGCGAAGCAGUGUCUGGACAUUGGAUACCCCGCCAUAUCUGAGUAUGAUUUCGCCGAUGACCAUGAAAAUCCCACCCUCCCUAUCGACCUCCGACCUCAGACCCAAAUUCGGCCAUAUCAAGAAAAGGCUCUUAGCAAGAUGUUCGGCAACGGCCGCGGCAAGAGCGGUAUCAUAGUCUUGCCCUGUGGUGCCGGCAAAACUCUCGUGGGCAUCACAGCCGGGUGUCACAUCAAGAAGAGCAUCGUUGUUCUCUGCACCAGCGCCAUGUCCAGUUACCAGUGGGCAAACGAAUUUAAAAAAUGGUCGGACAUUAAAGAGGAAGAUAUUGCCGUCUUCUCGGCCUCGGAAAAGAGGCGGUUCACAGGAGAUGCUGGCGUGCUGGUCACAACCUACUCCAUGAUUACAGCUGGCGGCAAACGUGCUUACGACACGCAACAGAUGAUGGACUGGGUCUACGGCAAAGAAUGGGGUUUGAUGAUUUUGGAUGAGGUGCAUGUCGUCCCCGCCAAGAUGUUCCGAAAAGUCGGGGAGAACAUCCGCGCUCACUGUAAACUGGGUCUCACGGCCACACUGCUUCGAGAGGAUGACAAGAUCACUGACCUCAAUUUCAUCAUCGGACCCAAGCUGUACGAAGCAAACUGGAUGGAGCUUGCCGACCAAGGCCAUAUUGCCAAAGUGCAGUGUGCCGAGGUCUGGUGUCCCAUGUCGAUGGAGUUCUACCAGGAAUAUCAAAAAGAGACGACUCGGAAACAGGCGUUGUACUACAUUAUGAAUCCUGUCAAGUACCAGGUCUGCCAGUAUCUCAUCGACUAUCACGAGAAACGAGGCGACAAGAUCAUUGUGUUUAGUGAUAACCUAUUUGCCUUGCAACAUUACGCAGUGACGAUGAAGAAGCCAUUCAUCUACGGGGACACGAGCAACCAGGAAAGGAUCAACAUUCUCGAAAACUUCCAACACAAUGAGAUGAUCAAUACCAUCUUUCUCUCCAAGAUCGGUGACACAUCUCUCGACUUGCCCGAGGCCACCUGCCUGAUCCAAAUUUCGUCGCACUAUGGAUCUCGACGUCAAGAAGCUCAGCGACUCGGGAGAAUUCUACGAGCCAAACGCCGUAAUGACGAAGGAUUCAACGCUUUUUUCUAUUCGCUGGUUUCCAAGGACACCACCGAAAUGGCGUACAGCGCAAAGAGACAGGCUUUCCUCGUGGACCAAGGCUACGCCUUCAAGACAAUCACGCACUUGGCCGGCAUGUCAGAAAUGCCUGGACUAGCAUACACUACUGCCCGUGAGCGCAACGAGUUGCUUGCCCACGUCAUGUUGCAGCAAGAAACGGCGGCUGACGUUGAAAAGAUCGACGAUAACAUGUGGAGUCAUCUGAGCGGAGGCGGUAGUGCUGCGGCCAGAGCAAAGGCGAAGAAAAUGCAGGUUCGCAGACAAGCCGUGUUGAUGGCGGAUGCGAGCGGUGGCGGUACUAUGGCCCCGAUGUAUCGAGAACAGGACCGGAGGAGCAAGAAGAGCCAGAUGCCGGAAAGUGAAUGGUUCAAAAAGGAGGCCCGACGUCGCGAGUUGGCGGCCAAGAAGCGCCGGAAGGAAAAAAUGGAGGCCGAAAAGGCAGCCGGGGGUGCGUAG